UAUAUGGUUUCCAGUAGCAGAUGAGCUAUAGCUCUCAACUCUUUGCUUCUGUGCAUGUCUCAGAGACAGAAACACACCUAAUACACAAAAGCCAUGGACAGCUUUCCAUUAGCCAAAUACCUCCCAUAUUUCUCUUGAACCUAGAAACUCGCAUAUACCAACAAGAUAAAACCCUAGCUCUUCAUCAAUCCCAUCCACCGAUCUUCGCCGGACGCUUGUCUGACACCCCAAGUAUCUCUUUCCCCUCUUCCUCCCCCCUGAAACUCCUAAUUUGUCACAUACCUCCAAUAAUCAGCAGCCAUGAAAACUGAAGUUCGAGGAAGCAUUACCUCCAUUUCUCUCCAAAAUCCAAGUACUGCUCUCUUCAACACCUCUCAGGGCACGUCCCUCACCGGUGCGCUUACCGGGUGUCUCGGAAGCCUCGACGGGGCAUGUAUUGAGAAGCUACUACUUCACUGUGCAAGUGCCCUAGAGAGCAAUGAUGUGACCUUGGCUCAACAAGUGAUGUGGGUGCUCAACAAUGUUGCCUCUUCUGUUGGUGACCCUAACCAAAGGCUCACCUCAUGGAUCUUGAGGGCACUAAUUUCAAGAGCCUCAAAGGUUUGCCCUACACCUAUGAAUUUUAAUGGAAGCAGUAGCACUAGUACCAUUCCGAGUAGGUUGAUGUCGGUGACCGAGCUAGCCGGGUAUGUUGAUCUAAUCCCAUGGCACCGAUUCGGAUACUGUGCAUCAAAUAGUGCAAUUUUUAAGGCAAUUCAAGGGUGCCCAAAAGUUCAUAUCUUAGAUUUUAGCAUCACUCAUUGUAUGCAAUGGCCUACUUUAAUAGAUGCAUUGGCCAAAAGGCCUGAGGGUCCUCCUUUGCUUAGAGUCUCUGUGCCUAAUUGGAGGCCACAAGUCCCUCCUUUGCUCAAUGUUUCAAGCGAAGAAGUUGGUCUUCGUUUGGGGAAUUUCUCUAGGUUUAGAGAUGUCCCUUUUGAGUUCAAUGUGAUUGAAAACUCAUCCUCUUUGGAAUUGCUAGUUACCUCUGAAUUAAACCCUUCCUCACUAGACCUCCGGGAAGAUGAGGUUUUGGUUGUGAAUUGUCAAAAUUGGUUACGCUAUCUUUCCGAUGAGCCAGGUGGUACCCCUGGCCAUCAAGAUGGUUCGAUGCGCAACACUUUCCUUAACACGAUUAGAUCCCUUAACCCUAGAAUCAUAGUUGUGGUAGAUGAAGAUUCUGAUCUUAGUGCACCAAGUCUUACCUCAAGAAUAACAACUUGUUUUAAUUAUCUUUGGAUACCCUUUGAUUCCUUGGAUACAUUCUUGCCCAAAGAUAGUACCCAAAGGAUGGAUUAUGAAUCUGAUGUUGGUCACAAAAUUGAAAACAUUAUUGGUUUUGAAGGGCACAAAAGAAUAGAGAGGUUGGAGUCAGGUGUCACAAUGUCACAAAGAUUGAGAAACAUUGGUUUUUCAAGUACUAUAUUUUGUGAAGAGACUGCUAGGGAAGUGAAGGCCUUGCUAGAUGAACAUGCAAGUGGUUGGGGCAUGAAACGUGAAGAAGAUAUGUUGGUGCUCACAUGGAAGGGACACAACUCAGUUUUUGCCACAGCUUGGGUCCCAAAUCCAAAUGGGUUGCUAAUUGAGGAUUAACUCAGUGUUAAUUUGUGUGGCCUGAAGUGAUUUCCGUACUCUCGUUUACUCAUUCUACAUUCUCCUUGGUUUUGUCCCUUGAUUCUCUUAUGAGUGCAGAAAAAGAAACGAGGAGUGUGAAAACCAUUUCCUCUAUUAAACAUGUUACCAUGCCAGUGAAGUUACUGCAGUGGUCCAGGAGAUUAAAAGAGAGGCAAUGAAAUGACAAAGCUCUUCGUGGUUGCUUUUUCCUCUUCGUCAAAAAGCUGCAAAUGAGCACAAGACAAAAAGGAAAACGGCAGGCAUUUUGUGGAAAAAUAAAUUUCACGAGCACUUUGUAUUGAAGCUUUAGCUAGCUAUGAUCUAUCACAUGAAAGGCAAAAGAGAGACAUGUUCUUGUCUGUUGUAUUGCAUUAGACAAAA